GGAAGGCAGCUCUGACCCGUGUCUGAUGGCAGCAGGAGCCAGCAGCCCAGUCCCAGCAUGGCCAGCCCUGGCAGGGAGGAUGAGGAGGGGGGGGGCGGCCUGCCCGGAGAUGCCCGCGCCCCCCCGGGCACCACCAGUGGCCCUGGGGAGAGGCUGGCGAAGGCGCGCGAGCUCUUCCUCCUCUGCGACAAGGAGGCCAAGGGCUUCAUCACCAGAGCGGACCUGCAGAGGCUGCAGCAUGAGCUCCCCCUGAGCCCGGAGCAGCUCGACUGGGUGUUCGAGAGCCUGGACCGCGGGCGCACGGGCUUCCUGACCCCCCGAGAGUUCAGCCUGGGCCUGGGCGCCUUUCUGGGAGCCGGGGAUGUGCCCGNGAGUCACUGGGCUGCGGGCUCAGGACCCAGCGGUGCAGACGGAGAGGAGGAGGAGGAGGAGGAGGAGGAGGGCCCUUUCUGGGCCUCCAUGGAGCAGCUGGGGGCCGCCCGCGGCCUGGGGGAGCAGCGGGAGGUGCGGGCCCUCUGGGUGCGGCUGCGCCGGGAGCACCCCGAACUGCUGAGCACCUUCGAGGAGGUCCUGGCGCACGUGGCCUCCUGCCUGGGGGCGGCCACGCGGGAGAGGGAG